AGCUGUCUAAAGAGGUGAUCAUCAUGCUGGUAUUAUUUGGAAUUCUGACAAUUCUGUCCUCUGUCAGUUGCAGUUCAUCUGACCUGCAUCAACGCAUUGGUAAUCUUAAGAAUGAAUGGCACAAGGCUGAAGACGUGGUGGAGCAGCAAGCUCGUGAAAUCCAAUCUCUGACUGCCCACCUCCGAGCCAAGGAAAUGUCGGUUCGCCAACUCAAAAACACACUCACAAAACGUCAGGACUUAAACCAAAAGAUCGGAUUCACAGCUAAACUUACCCAGAUAGUUUCUCACCUAAAUAAUCAUCAGACCAUCGUCUUCGACCACGUACUCACCAACAUUGGACAAGCAUACGACCCUGCAACGGGUAUUUUCACAUGUCCCUACAGCGGGUUGUACGAGUUUGCGGCAACCGUUGUCUCAAACGGUGACAACAAGAACCUGGACGCUGAGAUAGUCCAAGGGGGUAAACGAGUGGCUCGCCUCCAUUCGACCAUCUACGGCUAUGACCAGGGGACGCAGGUCGUCAUCGUUCGCUGUGUUGAGGGCGACCAUGUCUGGGUCCGCCAUUUUGGAUCUGCAGACACUCCCGUGCUUCCCGCUGGGUACAGCAUAUUCGCCGGCCAUCUUAUCCACAUCGACACAUGAAUGUGACGUCAUUCUUCAAUAAAUUCGUCAUCAAUUUGUUAUCUAGUUUAUGCGUUGUAAUUUAUUAUUGAAGAAAUGGCAUUCGUCAAAGUUGGUGUCUGUGUUUUCUACCUUAAAUCGUGUGUCUCAAAUACUCGAUAAUAGUAGCUGAUUCCACGAACAGGUAGGGAGGAGAAAUUUCUAUUGGUAAGCAUAACUUAAAUUACGGAACAUUUACUUCGCAUAUAUAAGAUUUUCCUCAGACCUAAAUAAUGCUUCCCUGUGGAAAGUGUUAUCCUAUUUACAACGCAUGGUACCCCUGCCUGCUUAUACUACCAUGUCCAGGUUAAAACUUUUCAGUGGGAUGACACUUUAAAUUUACCUUUAGUGGCCUUACCAUCCGUGGACAUCGUCUUCUUUAAAAUGACCUUUAGUGGCCCAACCAUCCGUGGACAUCGUCUUCUUUAAAAUGCCUUUUAGUGGCCCAACCAUCCGUGGACAUUGCCUUCUUUAAAAUGACCUUUAGUGGCCCAACCAUCCGUGGACAUCGUCUUCUUUAAAAUGACCUUUAGUGGACCAACCAUCCGUGGACAUCGCCUUCUUUAAAACGUUCUUUAGUGGACCAACCAUCCGUGGACAUCGCCUUCUUUAAAACGUCCUUUAGUGGACCAACCAUCCGUGGACAUCGUCU